AUGAAGUACUCCGUCGCUUUCGUCGCUCUCGCCGCCGCCGCUGCCCAGGCUCAGUCGCUCGCCGACGUCCCCAAGUGCGCUAUUCCUUGCCUUGACAAGGCUAUCGAGAGCAAGACCAAGUGUGAGACCACCGACCUCGCCUGCAUCUGCGAGAGCUUCGACGAGGUCCGCUCUUCCGCUACCUCUUGUGUCAUUGACGAGUGUGGCUCCGACGUUGCCAUCAACGAGGUCCUCCCCGCCACUGAGGGUCUCUGCAAGGACCCCCCCAAGAAGGAGGAGUCCGCCAAGGAGGAGACCACCUCCGUCAAGGUCGUCGUCUCUACCUCCGUCGAGGCCGUUGAGACCACCGCCGCCGCUACCACCACCGUCGCUCCCGUUGUCCCUACCACCAUGGUCGAGGAGACUCACAGCACCCCCAUGGCCACUCCCACCAAGGGCAGCGACGGUCAGGAGCCCGCUCCCACAGAGGUUGGCCAGAACAGCGCCUCCGGCAUCAAGGGUCUCGGUGCCCUCGCCAUGGCUGCUUUCGCCGCCCUUGCUCUGUAA